GGCGCAAGCAUUGACAGCAAGGGCAACGUUACGAGAAGUUACGACGUGAGAGCCGGAACUGCAAUCACUCACCAGACGUUAUGGCGCAUAGUAAAGUCGCCCUGCUUCUUGCCGUCGUGCUCGGCUCCGCGUUAAUUGAAUGCAAAAUAGUCCUGCCACACAAGCUCCGAUACCUCGAAAACAUGCUGAACGCGGACUUGCUAUCAAAGGCCACGAGGAUGCGACAGCGAACGGAGGGCACCUCCGCUGUCGAGAACAGAGCCUGGCCCGUCCUGGGUCUAGGCAAGUACCAGGAUGAGAAACCGAGCGGCCAUCCACCUUUGCCGCCAUUUCUCGUGAAUAACAUCGUUCAGCGGCGGAUGUCGAACCCCAAAAUCUAAUCUAUUUAAAUUCUAAGUUUAACCCAAGUCAGCAAGUAAGUACCUUAACAGCGAUAAAUACCUUCAUAUCUAGGAAAUCUUAUCUGUAGAUUAAAACAAGCUAAAAAAUGUUGUAUUCGUAGAUCGUUUUUUCUCGUGUUAUUAGAUGUAAUACGAAUAAAACGGUAUCGGUAGCUGUGUUCGACUAAAUUAGCAUACAGU